CGACAGUUUCUUUACAAAAAGAACCGAAACAAAGAGUUUCAUCAACCUCUCUACCAAUAACAUGGAUCCUAACGAGACUAAACUAAGAUUGAACGGCUCAUCCAACGGUGCACCAAACACGAAGAUCGCAGCAGGUGUUGCCGAAUUCUUUAGUGCCCACCCCAAUAUCCGCUUUGUUCGUUUUCAGUGGCAAGAUCUUUCUGGUCUCUUACGAGGUCGCAUUAUUCCUCUUGAGCAUGCACUCGCGAUAGCAGCAGGAGAGCGGACGUUACGCGUAGGGCCAGUGGCAUUUCAGGGUGUUGUAGACAACAGUCUACUGCCGAGCACAGAUUUCAAGGGCAACGAUGUUCUUGUGACUGACUGGACAUCGCUACGGACACGGCAACGACUGGAUCCCUUGUAUGCCAGCGUCAUGUGUAAGGUUGUCCAGCACCUCCCCUACUUGACUCAGCCAAAUUGGAAUCUCUGUCCACGACGGGCUUUGGAGACGGUUAUGGAAAAGGCAAAACACACACUCCACGUCGACUUCCUCGUCGGGCUUGAGGUCGAGUUCGAAGUCAUGAAGGCCACAGACGAAGGAGGGUAUGUUCCAUACGCCAAAAGCUUGGGCAACUGUGUGGUAUCGUCGUAUCGUGACCCUUGUUUCGCGUUUAUAGAGGAAGCUGUUGUGGCAUUGAUGGAUGCUGGAGUCAAAAUCGACGCAUUCCAGAGCGAGGGCAAUCGGGGACAGUACGAAAUCGCUCUGGGGCCGCUCCCUCCGGUGCAAGCUGUUGAUCAGUUACUCCUGGUCCAGGAUACCCUCAAACACAUAUUUGCCCGCCACGGACUGGUAGCCACCAUGUCACCACGCCCAUUGCCAUCACGACGGCAAUCGUCGGGACAGCAUGCUCAUAUCAGCAUCAAUCCGCCACAAGAUGAGGAAUCAUUCUUGGCUGGUAUGUUGCAGAGGCUUCCUCAGCUCUGUGCCUUCGGUCUUCCUUACGAGAUAUCGUAUGAGCGCGUGAAGCCCGUAUUUGCUGGCAACAUGGUGUCAUGGGGCACCGAAGACCGCACGGUACCCAUCCGGAAGGUCAAGGCCGGCCACUGGGAAUUUCGUUCCCUUGAUGCCACGGCCAAUAUGUAUCUUGCUUUAGCAGCAAUACUGAGCGCUGGUAUACUUGGAUGCGUUACAAAGGAGCCUCUGGUCCUAAGAGACAGCGGGAUCGAGCUUCACUCAGACAAUAAAUACGGUGAAAUGUUGCCUCAAAGCAUUGACGAAGCACUUAAUCAGCUGGAGACGACGUUUGAAGAGCUUGAAAACAUGAUGGAAAGCAGAAUCAUCCGACACUAUCUCCAGGUGAAGAGAUAUGAAGCAUCAUUGGUUCAGAACAUGGGGACACAAGCAGCUCGGGAUCUUCUGAUUGAGCUUUUCUAGAUGCGUUAUUAGGCAUACGUAGGAACAUACAGCAGGUUAU